GAUAAGGGCUCUCUCUCGCUGCUACUGUGAAAGAGAGCCAAGAGCUGCUUUGGUUUUCGUUGUUAUUUCCACCCUUCCUCUGCUCUACUUAGAUGCUUCGACGCUCCUCGAAGGCUUAGACUCUUUUCCACCUGGUUUCCAGACACAUUGCGGAUAGACGGAAAAUGACCCAGAAACGGAUUUAUUUUGGCCGAUUCAUCUCCACGCCGAAGCCUGAUGAACUUCUGAUACGGACAGGCGCCGUGCUGGUGGACAAGAAGAACGGCAGAGGAGUUAUAGAAAAGGCAGACUGGACUGUAAACGGGCCAAACGAUGCGCUCAGCAAGUUCGGCGUGGAGGCGCCGGUGGUGACAGCCGACGAGAAUGCAUUCUUCUUUCCUGGAUUUAUUGAUACCCAUAUACACGCUUCACAAUACCCCAAUGCCGGAAUAUUCGGAAAGUCGACACUACUGGAUUGGCUAACCACAUACACAUUUCCCCUGGAAUCUUCCCUUGGCACCGACAAAUCUCCCAUGUACAAGGAUUCAAUUGAGCCGCCCGACCCGCUCGCUCGCGCCAAAGCUGUCUACAACAGAGUCAUCAGCAAGACACUCUCACUCGGGACGACAACGGCAUCAUACUAUGCCACCAUUCACCUGGAGGCGACGAAUCUCCUUGCUGACAUUGCCUUCAAAAAGGGCCAGAGGGCGUAUAUCGGACGAGUGUGCAUGGACCGGCCCGAGGCCUGCCCGGACUAUUAUCGAGACGAGAGCACGGAGCAGACGAUAGCAAACACGAAAGCCAGCAUCGAAUAUUGCAAAUCCCUGGAUCCCUCGGGAGAGCUUGUGGCCCACAUCAUCACGCCGAGAUUUGCGCCCAGCUGUCUCCCGGAAACACUCUCCCAACUGGGCGCAUUGGCCAAGGAAGAAGAUCUCAGAGUGCAGACGCACAUCUCGGAGAACCUGAACGAAGUGAAAUGGGUCAAGGAGUUGUUCCCCGAUCAAUCGAGUUACGCAGGGGUCUAUGAUCAUCACGGGCUGCUGACAUCACGAACGAUCCUGGCGCAUGCAGUACACCUCAGCAAAGAGGAGAUGCAACUCGUCAAGCAGAGGAAAACAAAAGUCAGUCACUGUCCCGCCAGCAACAGUGCCCUGGGGAGUGGAUUUUGCCCGGUGCGGACGUUGUUGGAUGAAGGGGUUGAGGUUGGCCUGGGCACAGAUGUCAGUGGCGGGUAUAGCCCCAGCAUACUCGACGCGGUGCGGAAUGCUUGCAUUGUGAGUCGGCACGUGGGGUUCUUGAAUGGUGGCGAUAGCAAGUUCAAUCUCAGCGUUGCCGAGGGGCUGUGGCUGGCUACGAUGGGCGGCGCAAAAGUCGUAGGGAUGGAAGGACGGCUAGGUGGAUUCGAGGAGGGAAUGCUUUGGGAUGUGCAGGAGAUUGUGAUGGGGAACGUCGAUUCUAGUGGUGGAGGGGCUGAUACAGGGGUGGACAUCUUCGGAUGGGAAGCUUGGGAGGAUCGAGUGGCCAAAUGGGUAUGGAAUGGCGACGAAAGGAACGUGAAACGGGUCUGGGUCGGAGGGAGGUUGGUACACGAGAGGCGGUAAUUGCGUUACGAACAGGAGAAGGCAAAUCCCAGUGCUAUCGAUUGGGAGUUUGAAUUGGUGCUCACGAUAUUCUCCACAAUUAUAUCCCUAUGUACCUACCCACUACUUAGGUCGUGUUUGG